ACGCUUUCCUCUUCUUCCCCCUUUCCUUUCGAAAUUAGGGCUUCCGGGUUUCGCAGUGUUCUCCUUCAAUCCCCAGUUUGAAAAUGCCUCGCUACGAUGAUCGCUAUGGGAACACUCGUCUUUAUGUUGGCCGCUUGUCAUCCAGAACUAGGACCCGAGACCUUGAACGUCUUUUUAGCAGAUACGGAAGGUCUCUGGGAUUUUGCCUAACCUGGAGGUGUUUGAUGAAUGGGUGGACUUGGUGGAAAUUCUCGCCAAGUGUAUAGGGGGCGGGGCCGCCUUGGCGAUUCUGUUUGUAGAUUUUUUUUAUGUGUUUUGAUGGGAAUGGAGACUCAGUCUCAAAAUGGUGUUUAGAAGUACCUUAAAGUAAUGAUGGCCUUACUUUUCUGCCAACAAUUUCUUCCGCAGAGUGCGAGAUGUGGAUAUGAAGCGAGAUUAUGCUUUUGUUGAAUUUGGUGAUCCCCGUGAUGCUGAUGAUGCGAGACAUUACUUGGACGGGCGAGACUUUGAUGGAAGUCGCAUCACUGUGGAGUUUUCAAGAGGGGCACCUCGUGGUUCUCGAGAUUAUGAUAGCAGAGGCCCACCUCCUGGAGCUGGUCGCUGUUUUAACUGUGGUGUUGACGGUCAUUGGGCUCGGGACUGCACGGCAGGGGACUGGAAGAACAAGUGUUACCGUUGUGGAGAGAGAGGACACAUUGAGAGAAACUGCAAAAACAGCCCCAAGAAGCUUAGGCGGAGUGGAAGCUACUCCAGGUCACCUGUAAGAUCCCGUUCUCCUCGUCGUAGAAGAAUCCCAAGCCAGAGUCUUAGCCGAAGCCGAAGCUACAGCCGAUCACGAUCCCCGGUGAGAAGAAGAGAGAGGAGUGUGGAGGAGAGAUCACGCAGUCCUAAGCGAAUGGAUGACUCUCUAUCGCCAAGAGUCAGAGAUCGUAGUCCGGUUCUUGAUGAUGAAGGCAGCCCAAAGAUCAUAGACGGGAGCCCGCCACCAUCACCAAAGCUUCAAAAGGAAGACGGAUCAGACCGUGACGGUGGUAGCCCCCAAGACAAUGGAAAUGGCAGAAACUCUGUUGUCAGUCCUGUUGUAGGAGCCGGCGGUGACAGCCUGAAAGAGGACCAGAGCCCUAUUGAUGAUGAUUACGAGCCAAACCGUGCUUCCCCUAGAGGAAGCGAGUCCCCUUAACUUUGAUGCCUCAUGGCCUCUCAGGUUGCAGGCAUUGUAGCAUGUGUACUAUUGGAUCGACUGCUAGAUACUUCCUCUUUAAGUGUGUUUGCUUUAGACCCUUUUAAGUUGCAUGUUAUCAAGAGUUUUUCUAUUUAAGACAUAAUGUUGUGGCGUUUUUUGUUUCGGACAAGUUUUCAAAGAUUGUUAAAAGGAUUUAUAAAAGUUUCAAUUUGAGGAGAA